AUGCGUACACCUCAACUUGCCUGGCUUCUGGCCGGCUUCCUAACCUUCCUGGGCCAGGUCCGGGCUCAAGACUUUACAGUUGACGGCUGGACGUUUGACGGGAGCUGCAGAGCACACCAGGACUAUAUAACAACAGGCUCCGAAGACGCCUUGAAAAUGGUGACAAAGGCACAGUCAGAUCUCAACCUGGUCUUGCCUCGCUUUGAAAAGAAGAGCAACCCGCGGUGGACGGCCCAGCACCAGAUAUUCGAUGUCAUGGCCCUAGAACUACAAGGCCCAGGAGUAACACUCCAGUUCGGCAACCAUGUGCCCCUCAUUAUAUGCAAGGACGACGCCUGGACUUGGGUAGGCGCCGAUGACCUAGACCCUGAAACUCCUAACCUUGACUCUUCCGAUUACGACGAAGAAACCAGAGUGAAACUCAAGGAGGACUUCAAAAUGAAGAACCGACACCUGGAAGAGUUUGCACAAGGCUAUUCGGGAGGGUGGUACUACAGGCAACGCAUGGAUUGGAGGAAGAAGGCUGCCCAGAACCCCCCAGGUCAGCCCUUCAAUUUCCAGUCCAAGUCCAUAAACGCUGGUUCUCCGGUUGGCGCCCAGAUCCCAAGAGACGAGACCAAGAUAGGAUCCUUCGACGCUAGCGUUUCCAACACUUUCGUGCACGAGUUUACCCACUGGUAUGGCUCCGCAAAUAGUGGACAUGGGACUGAAAGGACAGUAACCCUUAUUGACCAACAGAGUCUCAACAAAGACGGAAAGUGGGUGUAUAAGAACAAGGACGGCCAGAGCGUAUACAGGACUCGCAAGCACUCUGAGAAAACCCGAAAGAAGAAUGAGCUCAUUGAGGACGUGACUUAUGGAUACAAGGACGUCUAUAACAUAGCCAAGACACAUGACAACGGUAACGGUGGACCUGAAUAUGCUACAGAGACAGCCGAGGCAUAUGCCUUCUUUGCCAUGAUGUCGUAG